AUGACACACAUUUUUUGCACAAUAUUCGUCGUGUCAAUAAUUUUCAUGUGUCUUAUUCAAUUAAAACGUAUGAGCGCCAUUGAACAACUUAAAGAUUCAAAAAAAUUAUUCACCACUUUAAAUAUUAAUGAUUUCAAAAUACAAAACAGACACAUAGAUGAUUGUAACUUGGAAAAGCAGUAUUGUUUCGACCAAAAUGAUUGUUUUAAUCGCUGUCAAAUGUCAAAUAAAGGUAUGUUUGAAUGUAUAGCCGGUGUAUGUAAGCUAAAAGUUGAUCUGGCAACACUGAAUGAUGUGUCUAAGUGUAAUUUAGAGGAAGGUAUGGCACCAUUUUUAAUUGGUGUUCCCGAGUUAGCAACUGUCGAAGCUAUUUGUAAGCCAGUUGAUCUCGGUAUUGUUUACAUAGAUGAAAAUACAAAGAAAGUUGAAAAUAAAAUGUGUGCUGGACGUGAUGUUAAAGCUAAUGAUAAGGUUGAUUAUAUGGCAAAUUGGCCUAAUCCCAAAGAUUGUAAAUGUGGAAAAGACAAAUCACCUAUAAUUAUUCCGGCAACUGAAAAUGUUCGUCAGUAUGUACAGUGCAUCAAGAAUGAUGAUGCUCUUAAAUGGGUCUAUGAUGAAACUAAAUUAGCUUACCAUCCUAAGGAAAACUCUUGA